AUGUCGGCGACUACGACACGUACCAGCACCAAAUGGUCCGUUGAGUACGACACUGUGCGCCGCCAUAAGCUCUUCAGAAACACGCCGAAAGAUCGCAGUGCCUUUCCAGCUCUUCAAGCGGCAGUUAAGCCUCAUAUUGAGUCCUUCAAUGCCCUUUGGGACGAUAACCUCGUCGACGCGGGACUUAGAGACAUUGGAAUCUAUACAGUGGUCGAUGGCGAUGUACGAAACCCGAGCCGAACAACCCAUCGCAAUAGGCUUGAUCUGAGAGUGACAGAAGUCAUACUCGAGAAGCCCACCCUUCCUCCGAGCAAUAAGUUCAGCAUUGGAGACCGGAACAUAUACCCUUCCGAAUGUCGAGAGCGGCACACAACCUACAGAGGAAAGUUAAGAGCAAGGCUACAGUACAGGGUGAACAAUGGCGAUUGGCAGGAAUCCGUUCGAGAUCUCGGACAAAUGCCAAUUAUGUUGCGGUCCAACAGAUGUCACCUCGAAAAAUUCUCACCCGCACUGAUGGUACGCCACAAGGAGGAGUCUGAAGAAAUGGGCGGCUAUUUCGUUGUCAAUGGGAAUGAAAAGCUCAUCCGCAUGCUGAUAGCAACAAGGAGGAAUUACCCCAUGGCCAUUUCGAGACCCGCAUUUGCCGCGAGGGGGCCUACCUUUUCGAAGCUCGCAAUCUCGAUUCGAUCCGUGAGACCUGAUCAGACCUCGCAUACCAACGUUCUCCACUACCUGACAGACGGAAAUGUCACUUUCAGAUUUUCGUGGAGGAAGAAUGAGUAUCUGGUUCCUGUAGUCAUGAUCCUGAAAGCUCUGGUAGAGACGAACGACCGGGAGAUUGCUGAGGGUAUCAUUGGCACAUCAUCCUCUAACAAAACGCCCGGUUCUUUUGUCGCCGACCGGGCGGAGCUUCUCCUGCGGACGUACAAGGCGUACAACCUCAAAACAAGAGCACAGACACUGGCUUAUCUCGGGGAGAAAUUUCGUCCUGUUCUAAUGCAGCCUAUAACGAUGCCCGAUGAGAAAGUGGGCGAGGAGUUUUUGAGGAAGAUUGUUCUACCACAUCUCGGUAACGUCGACGUCACGCCGUCCCAGAACAACGACAAGUUUCAGCUCAUUCUGUUCAUGAUCAGAAAGCUCUACUCCCUUGCUGCGGGCGAUUGUGCUCUGGACAACCCUGAUGCAGUCUCCAGUCAAGAGAUCCUGCUUGGAGGCUUCCUUUACGGUAUGAUCUUGAAGGAAAACAUCUACGAGUGGCUGGUGGGCAUCGGUGCUAUGGCCCGAGACUGGGUCAGGGCUAAGAGCGACGCCAAAUUCACAGACCCCUCCUUUGAGACUGAUUUCCUUCCCAAAAUAGUACGGAGGACAAACGAAAACAUUGCAGGAAAGCUGGAGUACUUUCUCUCCACGGGGAACCUGGUUAGUCAAACUGGUCUCGAUCAGUCUCAGACGUCAGGCUAUACAAUCAUGGCCGAGAAAAUCAAUUUUUAUCGGUUCAUCAGCCACUUCCGGUGUAUACAUCGAGGUGCCUUUUUUGCUCAAUUGAAAACGACCACUGUCCGCAAGCUGUUACCUGAAAGCUGGGGGUUUCUUUGCCCUGUUCACACUCCUGACGGUGCCCCAUGCGGACUUUUGAACCACUUAGCUCACCAAUGCCAGGUUCAAAUUAAGCAGAUCGACACUUCGGGUAUUGAGAAAGCAGUGCUUCGGCUCGGAGUGUCUUCCGUGCCUUCAAUGGCCGUCAAUGAGAGCCUUUCCAUCCAGCUCGAUGGUCGUAUCCUAGGAUACUGCGGGGCAAAGAGGGCAAGAGAAAUUGCCCAGCUUCUGCGGCACUGGAAGGUGAAUGGAGAGCACAACAUCCCCAACGAGCUAGAAAUAGGCCAUGUCCCUACCUCGAACGGCGGUCUUUAUCCUGGUUUGUACCUCUUCACUUCUCCAUCACGAAUGUUACGCCCCGUUAAGUACAUCCCGUCUGAUAAGCUUGACUACAUCGGGCCAUUUGAGCAGCAAUAUAUGAACAUUGCUUGUGUGGAUGCGGAUAUCAUACCCACUCUGACCACGCAUAUUGAGUUCAAGCCCACAAAUGUCCUGUCAAUUCUCGCCAAUAUGACCCCUUUUUCAGAUUUCAACCAAUCGCCUCGAAACAUGUACCAGUGCCAGAUGAGCAAGCAAGCCAUGGGGACUCCUUCCUCGAACAUGAUGUGCCGAACAGACAACAAAGCGUAUCUGCUUCAGACAGGGCAAACCCCAGUUGUAAGACCUCCCCUGUACAACGAGUAUGGACUGGACAAUUUCCCCAACGGGAUGAACGCCGUCGUGGCGGUCAUUUCGUAUACCGGCUACGAUAUGGACGAUGCCAUGAUAAUUAACAAAUCCUCUCAUGAGCGAGGGUUCGGUGAUGGCGUCAUCUACAAGACCAAAGUUUACCGGCUCAAUGAGGAUUCUAGGGCAGCUCGGUCAAAGACCGAGAUCAAGUCACUUUUCGGUUUUGCUGAAGGCGACCCGAACAUCUCACAAGAGGUGAUUCAGGCGCUUGAUCCUGAUGGCCUACCCGCAAUCGGGACAAAGGUUGGCGAGGGGUCAAUAGUUCUAGCCUACCACAGUGUCAUGUUCGAUCCGUCGGAAGGAAAGCUCAAAAACUUGGACGGGAACACCAUGUACUUCAAAUACAAGGACACCGAGGAAGCUUACAUUGACCAAAUCAGAAUAAUCGGCUCCGAGACAGGGGAUCAGCCAUGUCAGGCGAUCAGCAUCAAGUACAGGAUUCCUAGACGACCUGUUAUCGGGGACAAAUUCUCUUCGAGGCACGGACAAAAGGGUGUCUGUUCCAUGCUCUGGCCGAGCCAGGACAUGCCAUUCAGUGAAUCCGGAAUUCAACCAGAUGUCAUUAUCAACCCGCACGCAUUUCCAUCUCGAAUGACCAUUGGCAUGUUCGUCGAGUCUCUCGCCGGUAAAUCUGGAGCUCUCCAUGGCCUUGCCCAAGAUUGCACACCAUUCUCCUUUGACGAGGACAAUACAGCUGGAAAUUACUUUGGUGAGCAGCUACUGCAGGCCGGUUACAACUUCUACGGCAAUGAGCCCAUGUACAGUGGCAUCACGGGCAAGGAGUUUGCGGCCGACAUCUACAUCGGGGUGGUCUACUACCAGCGGUUGAGGCACAUGGUCAGCGACAAGUUCCAGGUGCGCACGACCGGGCCUGUGAAUGCUUUGCAUGGCCAGCCGAUCAAAGGCAGAGCCAAAGGCGGCGGUAUUCGUGUCGGUGAAAUGGAGCGUGACUCGUUGAUCGCCCAUGGUUGUGCGUACUUGCUCCAAGAUCGUCUGAUGGACUGCAGCGACAAGCAACGGGCCUGGGUGUGUCGGACUUGCGGCAGCUUUUUGAGCACCAUGAUGGUGCCGAACCAAUUCACCGUUAAAAAGAAGGGGGGCAGAGUCGAGCCGAGCGGCAUGGUAAGGUGUCGGGCUUGUGCGAGACCCGCGACUUUUGAUGACGCUAAGGUUAAGGUGUGGGAGGAUGGAGCAGGGAGAAAGUUCGUAGGCGGUGAUAAUACCACUGUGGUCAAUGUGCCAGGCGUACUGAGGUAUCUGGAUGUUGAAUUGGCGGCCAUGGGUGUGAGGACAACGUUUGAAAUUGAGGGAUAG